CGUGCAGCGCGGGCAGCUGUGUACAGCCCGGAGCCCCGGCCAGCCCCGGCCACUGCGUUUGCACUUUCCCCGCACUCGCUGCCGGGAAGCUGCGGAAGUGAGAGGCCUCCGGCCCGAGUCCCUAGCCCCGAGCCCGAUCUCCCGAACGAACCAUGCCUGCGUCCUCGGCACUGCGCGACUGCCAGGCAUGGAAGGACGCCAAGCUCCCGCUCUCCACCACGAGCAAUGAAGCCUGUAAGCUGUUCGAUGCCACCCUGACCCAGUAUGUAAAAUGGGCCAAUGACAAGAGUCUCGGGGGCAUCGAGGGCUGCCUGGCGAAGCUCAAAGCGGCAGAUCCGACCUUUGCCAUGGGCCACGUCAUCGCCAACGGCCUCGUGCUCAUUGGCACCGGAAGCUCCGUGAGGCUGGACAAAGAGCUGGACAUGGCCAUGAAGACCAUGGUGGAGCUUUCGAAGACCCAGCCGCUGACACCCAGGGAGCAGCUGCAUGUGUCUGCGGUGGAGACAUUUGCCAAGGGGAAUUUGUCGAAAGCCUGUGAUCUGUGGGAGGAGAUCCUGCGGGACCACCCGACAGACAUGCUGGCCCUGAAGUUUGCCCACGACGGCUACUUCUACCUGGGCUACAAGGAACAGAUGAGAGACUCUGUGGCUCGAGUGUACCCCUUCUGGACACCUGACGUCCCCCUCAGCAGCUAUGUGAAAGGCCUCUAUUCUUUUGGACUGAUGGAAACACACUUCUACGACCAGGCAGCAAAGCUCGCCAAAGAGGCUCUCUCCGCCGAACCCACAGACGCAUGGUCUGUGCACACCGUGGCGCAUGUGCACGAGAUGAGGGCGGAGUACAAGGCCGGGCUGGAGUUCAUGCAGCACUCGGAAAAUCAAUGGAAGGACUCUGACAUGCUGGCUUGCCACAAUUACUGGCACUGGGCCCUGUACUUGAUUGAGAAGGGUGACUACGAGGGGGCGCUGACCAUCUAUGAUAAUCAUAUCCUGCCCAGCCUGCAGAGGAGCGGUACCAUGCUGGACAUGGUGGACAGCUGCUCCAUGCUCUUCCGCCUCCAGAUGGAAGGGGUGUCCGUGGGCCAGCGGUGGCAGGACGUCCUGCCUGUGACGAGGCCUCACAGCCAGGACCACAUCCUGCUGUUCAAUGAUGCUCACUUCCUGAUGGCCUCGCUGGGCGCCCAGGACCGCCAGACCACACAGGACCUGCUGACUAGCCUGCAGGAAGCCAGCGAGUCCCCAGGGGAGAACUGCCAGCACCUGCUGGCCCGAGACGUGGGGCUGCCCCUGUGCCGGGCAAUGGUAGAGUUCAAGGACGGGAACGCCGACCGCGCGCUGGAGCUGCUGCUGCCCAUCCGUUACCGCAUCGUCCAGAUCGGGGGCAGCGAUGCCCAGAGAGAUGUCUUCAACCAGCUGCUGAUCCACACAGCCUUGAACUGCACCUCCAGCGCCUACAGGAAUGUGGCCCGGAGCCUUCUGAUGGAGCGUGACGCCCUGAAGCCCAACUCGCCCCUGACUGAACGGCUCAUCCGCAAGGCGGCUGCCGUUCACCUCAUGUAGUGAUCAGGGCUGCACGAGCCAGAGUGACUGCUCCUGCAUCAGGGCAACACUGGGGUAGGGUCAGGGGGUUGGACCUGCUUGCUAGGACAGAGUCGGCCCGAGCGGAAUGCAUCCUGCACUCAGUUUUAUAGAAAGAGGGAAGGCAAGUUAAUUUUCUUUCUUUUUUUUUUUUUUUUUUUGUCUUUUUCCUUUUUAUCGGUACCGGGGAUCGAACUCAGGACUGCCUGCUUGCAAGGCAGGCGCUUAUGCCGCUGAGCUAAAUCCCCAGGCCCCGGCAAGUUAAUUUUCAAUGUGAUUUAGAAUUUUCUUCCAACCCUUGCUGAGGUCCAGGGUGUGGGUCCAGGGAUUAGCCUUGUACAUGCCACACAAGCACUCUCACUCAGCUACAAUACCCGCAGCACUUUUAUUUUGAGGUAGCAUCUGGAUUGCCCAAGUUAGUCUCUUGCAACCUUUCUGCUCUGGCCUCCCAAGUAACUGGAAUUAAAGCCAUGUACCACCA